AUGGAAGAAACAAAGAAGACUAGUAAGGGUAAACAGAAGCCUAUAAGGACUGAGUGGAAUUCCCGAUGUGUCCUUUUCACCUAUUUCCAAGGGGACAUAAGCAGCGUUGUGGAUGAGCACUUCUCCAGAGCUCUGGGCAAUAUCAAAAGCCCCCAGCAACUGCCCACCUCGAGCCAGAACCAAGAAGUGACCUUUAGGAAUGAUAGUGACAUGCCUCCAAAUCAAUGGCGCUUGUCCUCUCAUUGGAGAAAGGCACAGCCAGAAGGCGUUCGUGCAAAUGGUGUUGCCAAAAGCAGCUUGAGUGUGUCUGCUCCCAUGGCUAUGGAUCCGUAUCCAUACCCGCACCCACGACUGCUGACCAGGAGCCCCUCAGCCCAGCCCAGAGAACUGUGGCAUUUCCCCUCUCUACCCAGCUCCAGCUCUGCACAGCCUGCCUAUCCUCAUGCUUUCUCCAGUAGCCACCUGGCCCCAAAUCCCAGACCUGAUGGGAAAUGUGAGCCCCUGCUAAGUCUCCUGCAGCAAGAAAGAUGCCCAGCCUGUCCUCAGGAAUGUCUUAUGAGGGAGAGCCCCAACUCUGCCCAGAUACCUGGAAGAGCAGGCUUGCUCUUCAAUCAGCAUCCUGGCUCCUACCACUAUAAGAAAAUGUAUUUCUCCUCCAACCAUGGACCAGCAGCCAGUGCCAGCCUUGCAACUGAAAGUAGGUAUCUGUUUCCUGCCUUUGACAGUUAUUCUCUGUAA